AGACAGCGCCAGUAUGAAGCCUGUAUGGGGCGGCUGUGAGCAGAUCGGAGGAGAGAGAGAGAGAAAAACAAGAGAGCAAGUUAUUUAGCAGGUAGGCGAAGUUAAUCCUGAGCUGUGAAACAAUGGAGACUUUGUCAUAUUUUCAGAUGUUUUUUUUUUUUGUUAUUCUUUUAAAGUGGUUAACUUGAACUGUGUGAUGGCUGAUGAAUAGAUAUAAAAGGAUUCAGUUGACUUUACUACAGGGCUUAAGUACUAUGACGACGAACACAAAAAUGAACUACAUUUACAAACAAUUUUAAACCCUUAGCUGAUCUGUGUCACUGUAGCCGUCUGUGUGGGUGUGGUCUGUGUUGUUUCAGUCAAAAACAGAACAUCUGCCAUGAUAAAGUAGGGAAAUAAUGAUAAAUCCUCCCUGUAAUGGGGAAAUUAUAUCACCUUUCACAAAAGUAAAGAAUACACCACAGAAAUUUAACAGGAUAACAUGUUUCUGGGUAAAACCAAAUCAUUCAUAAUCAGAAGAUUUUUAAGGUGAAACCUUUUAGGGCUGUUAAAAACACGAUUGGACAAUGUUUAUGUUUGUUAUACUGCAUAUCUCAGUGCCUUUUUUUGUAUGUGGUGACUAUUUAAUGUCCAUAUUGAGACAAGAUAUGUUAGUGGAAAUUUUUUAAUGGUUGCUUGUAUACAUAUCUUUACAUUUCAGACUGAAAUGUGUUAAGAAACAGGUGGAUGUUUAACUUUUUCUUCAAGAAAAAAAACUUUAAUCACAAAUUAUGAAUAACACACACUCAACUGUAAACUCUGCAAUUACAUUGGAAGAAUAAUUUGAUUCCAUCUCCUACAAUAUUGUCCUUUUUUAUUCAGCUUUGUUAUAAUAUGGCUGGAUAUUGUUCAAUUUAAUGUUGAUUUUACUUUUUAAAAAGCCUCAUGCGUAAAAGAGAGAGAGUUAAUAUAACUCAAUAUUACAACCCCUGUGUUAAAAAAAAGUUGGACAUUGUGUCCCCUGCUAUGGAGAGAAGAGGCACGAAGGUUAAAAUAAUAUUACUGGCCCUGUGAUUUUAAGACUCUCAAUUAGCAUAAAAAAACAGACUCUCUAGUGGAAACAGCUACAUUGGUCGGACUUUGGUUGAACACAUUGGAUCAGCCGGACUCAUGUUUGUACAGCAACGUGUUAAUCUAUAUGUUCACAAUUGUUUUCCUGUUGUAGGACUUAGUGCUCAGCAUGUUUUCCUUGUCAGAGCUGGUGCCUCUGAAUCAGCAUCAGAGCAGAUCCAAACUUUUGAAGCCCUGGUGGGAGGUCUUCAUGGACUACCUGGUGGUCCUGAUGCUGAUGGCGUCUGUCCUGGCUUGUACAGAGCAGCUGUCCAGGGACCGGGUAGUGUGCAUUCCCGUGGAUCCAUUAUUUACUGCAAAUACCAGCCACCACAGUCCAACACCCGAUGGAGAUGUGGCUCCGAAUCCAUCAUCAAAGCCUCAAACCCACCCAUCACACAACAUCAGUCCAGAUGUUCUUCCUCCACCCAGAGGUCGCAAAACACAACUGGUCUACCAGCAGUACAUUUACAUCAGCCAGGUACUGUGUUAGCCUACGUGCUUGACACCAUUUAGUCUGAUAAUAGAAUUUUACAAAAGUGUGACCCAUGAGACUUCUUUUUAUUAAAGCAGCUCUAAUCAAUGGAUCAAAUCAACGAUGAAUCACGUGGCUAUAAAUAUAUUCACAAAGGGUCAAAUGGAACAUUGUGUCCCAAUAAUUUAGAUCUUGAGCGGCAAUAAUGAUUAAACUUGUCACCAGUUGUCAUUGAAUCCCAUUAUUUGUUGGUGAUUGCUGUAUUUUCAUUAACUGUUUUUCGUGUAUUUUUGUGAGUUAUUAACUGGGACCGCUUCUACCUGCUGGGCAAAAUUGAGAGUUGCACCAAUUGUGUUAAUAUGGGCAUAAAUUCAGCCAGAAUACUUUGAAAUCAGUCAAAUUUAUUUUGUUUAAGUGAAAUUUAUCUAUGUGUUGUGUUGGAGAGAACUGCUGAAUUUACUAUAAAGCACUUUAUGAUUACAUGCCGCUACCCUGCAGUUUGCUAAAUCGUUGUACAAGAAUUUUCUUAAAUUUGUUUGUACUACCGAGGUAGCUGUAAGCCACAGGGAUAUAAUGUGUUGUUUUAGUGUUAGUUGUAGAUAUUGAAUGUGAGUGCACUCAAACUUUAAACAGCAGUAGGCCGAGCCCCUAACUGCUUGCCAGCUUAACAGUCCUGUUUAUUGUCAAGGAGGAACAUAAAUGUUUUAUCUGACCAAUUUUUUAAGUAAUGCAGGUAAAUGCAAACUUUUAAUAUUAAAGAAAUACCUGUGUCUUCUUGAUUUAGGCAUGAAUGUGGCGAUAAACCCAUGGCAUUUAUGACAAAAAUUAAUAAUAACAUAAAAAUGCUCACGGUUAAUUUCUUCAUCUGCAUUCAUGUGCAGUAUAUCCAAGCUUGACUAUAUUAUGAAGUUUUAUUCUGCCCCAAAGUUGUAAGAAAUUUUGUUAAAGCAUGUUUAACAGUUUGUUGGUCUGUGUUUCUGUCCAGGUUUGCUACCAUGAGGCUCUUCCCUUAUGUUCCCGCUUCUUCCCUUACAUGGCUUUGCUGCAGACUCUUGUUCUUGUAGCCAGCGGUUCCUUCUGGCUUCACUUCCCCCACACUUCUGCUCGCAUUGAGCACUUCCUGGCCAUCUUGGCCAAGUGCUGUGAAUCCCCCUGGACGUCACAGGCACUGUCUCACGCUGCCCAGCAGGAGAACAUCAAAGAGAAGGAGCUGAUGGAUGAAAGACGACCUCCCAAACCUGUUCCACCUUUAAGUUCAACUCCGGUGAUCUACAUAAGACAAUCCAGCAUGGACUCAGGCACAGAAAGUCCACUUUUGAAGAGGUCUGAUGGUGUGUCUUUUGCCACCCCUCCAUCCCCAUGUCCUUCCAAUCUCUCCUGCAACUCCUCCAUGUCAUCUAUGUCAAACAACUCUCAGGUGCCUUCUGUCAAACCUGCAGUAAUGGUGGACAGUCCCAGGCAGGUUAUCAGUCUGGAUAAAAGUGAUGGGGAACAAGCAAGAGCAUUGUUUGAGAGGGUCAGAAAAUUUAGAUCUCACUCUGAGAUCUCAGAUGUCAUCUACAAGGUGAGCAACAAGAGAAGAUCCUCCAAAUAUGAAAGUGCUGAAGUUUGUGAGAUUGAUGAUGAAUGUAAUCAUUUAUUCCCUCUCUUUUAUUCAGGUCUAUUUGGCUCAGACGAUAUUCAAACUGCUGAUGGUGGUCCUGAUCGUGAGUUACACCAUCCCUCUCCUCAGCUACUUCUCCUUCACACACACCUGUCACCCUGAGGAACAGGCCUUGGUGGGCUACUCUACCUUUGAGUGUAUUCAUGUGAUUUCUACUCUCAUGCGCAAACUUCUUGUGGCGUACUUGACCCUGCUGGGGCUGUAUGGCCUGCUCAACAUCUACACCCUCAGCUGGAUUUUUCACAGGUCAGUGCAUGCUCAGCCAAUAUUGUCCUCUUUUUGACAUUCUCUACUCUCUCUCUCUCUCUCUCUCUCUCUCUCUCUCUACUCUUAUCUGAUUCAAAUAAGGGAAUAGUGGAAGAUAAAAAGCAUACAGCCUAACUCAGCAGGGGUUAAGCGCCACUCCAAAAAGGCGUCUCAACUUGGCUUAGCUUUCGCUGUCUCUAACAGGUUUCUUUAGACUCUGGGUUUUCUCUCUUCCCUUCCCUCAUAAGAAUGACAAAUCAAGGGGUGGUACAAUGUAAGCCAAAACAGACCCUUAACCUGGCUUUGCCACCCGUGUUUCACCACUGACAUUUGUCUGCAGACUUUUCUCUUUGGUUUCUCUCUUUUUUGUUACCUCAACAAGUUGCAAAGUAAGGGAAGGAAGAGCAUACAGCCCAACCUGGCUGAGGCUAAUUAUAGCUCAUACAAUCUCAUCUCAGCUCUUAUUAUUUCUACAAUUUCCCCUGCAGAAUUUCCUCUUUGUAUGCUCUCUUAAGAAAGUGGCAGGAGGUGGUAGAAGGAUGUUACAACCCAAUAUUAUCCGGGUGAAGUAAGUCUUUUGCAAGAUUAGACUUCUUGCCCUGGCUCUACUGUCCCUGUCUGUUCUCUAAUACAUCUCUUCAGACUUAUCUCUUUCUUUUCACUCCCUUCUCUAAUAUAAUACAAGGGGGACGUAGAGUAUACAUUCUGCCAUGUUGGGGUUAAACUUCAACACAAACAAGCUUCUUGCCCUGGCUCUAACUUUCAUAUCUCCUUUCCAACAUGUGUCUAAAGACCCCCUUUUCUGUGUUAGUACACUCUAAAAACCCUUGGGUUUUUCCUCAACCCAAUUCCUGGGUUAUACGUGUUGAGUUAAAGUUCUGGGUUAUUUUUCAGAUCCAUACACAUUUCUUGGGUCAUAUGGAUUCUAUUGUAACCCAAUUUGAUGGUUCUUUGAAUGGGAUAAUAAUUAUGGGUUAUUUUUCUGUAAGGAGUGAACUACAUCCAUUAGUGUGGGUCCUUAGGCAAGACCCUUAGCGGUAUGGCCUACAAUUAGUUAGAUAAAGGUACAUGGGAAAAAUAGGGUACAGGUUGUAAAAGCAAAGCUGCCAAAAAACACUCCCCAAACGCAUUUAUCAAUUUAACCGAAGAUUAUGAGUCAAAUUAGCUCGAAGAUCGGGUUAACUUGACCCUUAAAAUGGGUUAUUGAGUCAACCCAGAAUUUGGGUUAAUUUGAAUAACCCAACAUUCUGGGUCAAGUAGUCGGUCCCUUUUCAACCCUGGUGUUUCAACCCCAGGGGUUUUUAGAGUGUAAGAGUGGUUGAUAGAGAGUAAUAUGAAUGAUAUCUCUCAUUCUGUUUUUUUUUUUUCUAUAUUCAGCUCUCUGCGACAGUAUUCCUUCCACUCCCUGAGGGAUUUGUGCUCCCUGACAGACGUUCCCGACCUGAAGAAUGACCUGGCUUUUCUGUUACACAUGUUAGACCAGUACGACCCCCUGCUGGCCCAGCGUCUGUCUGUGUUUCUGUCCCCCGUUAGUGAGAGCAGGCUGAUGGAAGAGAACUUGGAAAGGCGUUGGGGGGAGGAGAAGCUGCGGGAGAUGAUCAGUGUGGAUACAGAUGGCUGCUCCAGACUGCAGCUGGUGGCCCUGCCUCGCCUCCCUCCGGCCCUCUUCACACUCAGCCAGCUGAAAGUCCUCCAACUGGAACUCAUCACAGACGCAAGGUUUACUGCCCAGGUGGCCAACAUGGCCGCACUCAGGUGGGUUUUUGAGCCUCAUGCCAUUGGAUUUUACACAAACUAGCAGAGUUUAUAUGGGAAUGGAGGGGUAUUGACUCUUCUUCGAAGCCAGCCCCUAGUGGUCACUUGAGGAGCUGCCGUUUUGGCAGUUUUGGUAGCAAAAGUGCCAGAAACUGGUUGCCCUUUGGUAUAAACAUGCACAAUUAUACAAAUUAAAUCAAACCUGAAUUUUUUUCUGCCAACAACAGGGAGCUCCAUCUCUAUCACUGCACAGCCGCUGUGGAUCCCAGUGCACUCGGGAUUCUUCAGGAACGACUGGAAGUCCUCCACCUCACCUUCACCCAAGCUUCAGAGAUCCCUAGCUGGGUCCUCUCCCUCCGCAGCCUGCAUGAGCUCCACCUCUGUGGCAGUCUGAGCAGUGAAGGUGGAGUUGGUCGCAGCUGGGCGUUGGGGAGUCUCCGCCAACUGCGCCACCUCCGCAUGCUGGUAAUCAGGGGCAGGUUGCAGAGGAUCCCUGGGGAGCUGUGUGAGGCAGCAGUCAGCUUGGUGAAACUGGAGAUCUACAACGAGGGCACCAGGCUGCUUGUUCUAACAGGUUUGAAGAGGAUGGUCGACCUGACGGAGCUGCUGCUGCAGGAUUGCCAGUUGGAGCGUUUGCCCUCUGCCCUGCUGGCCCUCACUAACUUGCGGACACUCGACCUGCAACACAACAACCUUAGGACCCUGGAAGAACUGCUCACUCUGGCUCAUCUGAGACGUCUCUCUUCUCUAAGACUCGCUUACAACCGUGUUCUGGUCCUACCUAACAGCGUUGGUGUACUUCGAGGCUUGGAGCUCCUGGAUCUAUCAAACAACCAACUCCGGAGCCUUCCCCCUGCCUUAUUCUCUCUCCGCCACCUACGUAGACUCCUGCUGGCUGGUAACCUAUUUGAGGAGCUGCCCGCGGAGGUAAAAGCUCUGCAGCUGCUCACAGAGCUGGACCUCAGUGGUAACAGGUUAGAAAACCUUCCUCAUGAGUUAUUCAUCAGCUGUUUGGAGCUUCGGACCCUGAACGUGGCUCAAAAUUCUCUCAGCUCUUUGCCCAAAGGGAUUGCAGCAUUAAGCCACUUGAGCAAGUUGGACCUGCGCAGUAACAGUCUGGAGGAGCUGCCACAUGAGCUGGGCUGCUGCUCAGCCCUGCAUGGAGGGGGUCUCCUGGUGGAAGAAUGGCUGUUUCUCUCUCUGCCCCCCCAAAUCAGGGACUUCUUAAGUCACACUUUCUCUCCUUCUGGAAAACACUUGGAGGAUCACAUCCGCCCAGAGUCAGACAGUUUUCCUUACUUCUCUCCAACACAGUGGAGUUUCUCCUCUGCUCUUGAAUCACAAAUAUAAGACUAAUUACCACGUUAAGACAUUUCUAACACUAACAGUGUCUUUUACUGAGGUCUUUGUGUACAGUACGCUUAUUUUUUUAAAGAUAUAUUUCCCCUUCUCAACAUUUUGUUAUUCAAAAAUAAAAUCAGAUUCUGUAUUUUUUACAUCUAAAACCAGUUGUAUUUUUGAAUUUUAGCCAGUGAAGAACAUUAUUUUAAGAUUUGUUUGUCAACAUGAAAAACAAGGUCCUAAAAUUUUCGAAAUUGAAAAUAACUUUAAAUGGCAGAACUGCAGACUUUGCUUGAAAAUCUGUUUUGUAAACUGUGACCUUGAACUUAGCUUAAGCGAUUCACUAAAAUCCAUUUUUUAAUGUGAAAAUUACUGUAUGCACAAGCUUCAGAUAUCCUAUUGUUUCUGUAAAAGUAUGAAAGAGAAAAUUUUGUUAAGUAGUUGCUUUUGUAACAUGUAUUAAACUUUGAGGUGACAAAUUUUGAGUAUGCUUACAUGCAGAAAAUUUGCAGGAUUUUUUAAAGAAAGGAAAUGUUUGACAAAGUGUAAUAUUUACACAGAAAUAACAGACUACUAUUAAUAUGUGUAUAAAUAUUUUAAGUUUUCUUUUAAUGAAAAUAAUGAUAUUUCUUAUAUUAAAGUGAGCAGUUUUAUUCUCUAACUUUGAUUAUAACACAAAUAAAUAUGAACCUCCCCCAGAAA